AUGGGCCGCCUUGAUUGGGGAACGUCUACUUUCCGCUGCGGAGUGCCCUCGAAGUUCCGUAUCAGACCUUUCUCGCCCACUGAGGCUGAUGAGCCGGGAACUCCAUUGGCUCUGGAAGUGUCUUUCUCGAGGGCCCCAGUGGCAUUCUACAGCGUACAAACGUCCGUUGGAUUCAGUCAGUACGGUUUGAUAUCUCCACAAGAGGCUUAUUACGUGCUGUCCCCGAAGCAGACCCUGGCUUCUUUUGGCGGGGCUAACAUAACCAUUCGAGGAACCAACUUCGUCACAGGUCUUCCAGAAGGAUUUGCAUUAUGCAGGUUUGGGACCAUUGAAGUACUAGCACAUGUAACUAACUCGACAUCUCUGUGGUGUUUGGCACCCUCCUUAGCAGAAGUUGACCCUAUUGCCACUGCACCCGCAGAUGUGUUUGUGCAACUCUCGUUCUACCUGGGCUACAGCUAUUCCCCAAUACGAGCGACAUUUUCGUAUGUCGGCGACUUUGUCGUUGAGGCGUUAUUGCCUGAUAUGGCCAUGUCCGCUGGGGGUACUUCAAUCCUCAUCACUGGUAGCAGAUUCGCCGACUCGCCCGGUCUUGGGUGCAAAUUCGGCAACGGCACAGUACCGGCGAACUUCAUAUCCUCACGGAUGAUGCAAUGCACGACUCCGCCUCUAGUGGUGGGAGUUCACCCCUUGCUGUUGACUCUCGAUGGGACACACUACGUCCCUACCGGCAAGAAUAUCACAGUACUACCUCCUCCUACGCUUGAGAGUCUCCAUCCUACACGGGGGUACUUCAGUGGUGGAACUGAGGUUCUGAUUGACGGAACUAACCUUUUGAACACGAUCGAGUUACAGUGUCGGUUUGGCCAGGCCGCACUACCAGCGAAAGACUGGUUGAACACGGAGCGAGUUGAAUGUGUCGUGCCUCAUUGUGAUGAUGCCAUGGGAGGAGAUCCUCGGGGAGACGCUUGCGAGGGUACCGUACAGGUUAUGCUGUCAUUCGACGGUAAGGAUUACUUCGGCAAUCUCACUUAUGAAUACGCCCGACGGCAAAGGGUCUUGGACGUGCUCCCUUUCCCAGCGUGGAGGUGGGAUGAGUCAACGAAUGUGACUCUGGUUGGCUCUGGUCUGAGUUGGCCAGUAUACUGCCGUUGGCUCGAUUUGACUAUCACUCAGGCGCUGGAGGUUGGUACAUACACUGACCCGGCAGUUCCCGCCGCCGACUCGUAUGCAAUUUGCAUCGCUCCGCUGUUGCCACAGCAGCGUCGGCUCACGAAUGGCAUCGAGAUUGAUAGCCUCUUAGGGUCUGGCACAACCUCACCCUGCAAGGAAGCCUCCUCAUUCACGGUAGUCACUUCCGAGUACGAUGCAGCUGGGCAAGAACCUGAGAUCGUCGUUGCUUCGUAUCUCUCGCGAGAUGCCCUGCGUUGUAAGCCGUUGAAGCCGCCCAUCUCGCAUUUCGAGGGGACGGGAGUUGGCGAAGUUAAGGUUGAGGUUGGCCUUACUCCAGAAGCGUACUCUGAUUCUAAUAAAACUGUCCUGACAAUUAAUCGACCACAUAUAGCUGAGAUUUCACACUCCUCGGGACCGUUUUUGGGAGGGAAUCUCAUCACCUUGCAUGGGACGGGUUUUCAGUAUGUCAACGGCUCUGGUGAUGCAGAAGAGGUUCACUCACUCUACGUCAUCAUUGGUGACACGCCUGUUCGGGCGGAAGCAGCUCUCGUGAAUGACACGAUGGUCACGGAUCGGUUGUUCACAGGCCGGCUGGAAUUGGGAGGUACGGAACCGGAAAUUCUCAAGGAAUAUGCGUAUGUUGAUGUACCUAUUGGGAUGUAUUACCGUCCAGAGGUUCAUCAGGAUGGUGUACCGAGGGCGUGCCCGGUGGGGCACUUCUGCAAAGGAGGAUUUGCUACUCCUUGUGCGGCGGGUUACUACCAGAAUCUUACUGGCAAUUGGACUUGCGAGAUCUGCCCGAUCGGGGCCCAGUGUGGGGUUAGCGCCGCUAGAGCUCCGGAGAGAUGCCCUCAAGGAUACGUUUGUUGGGAUAAAGAAGGUAACGAUCAGGAAAUUGCACUAUGUUCGGCCGGUUUAGUAUGUAUGGAAACUCCUGCUACUGCGAGAACUGUCGAGAUACAAGGAGUUCGGCGGCGGAGGCUGAGUGAGCAUCGCAGACUGGUGGAACUGCCGGUCUCGGUAGAGACCAUAGACUGCCCUGAAGGGUUCUAUUGCCCCCCUGGCAUCGUGGGGAUGAGGACAGCAGAUGGCGAUAUCAUAAUUAGCGAUAACAUUCCCGCAUGCUCGAUUCCUGGAAUACUGUGUAUGGGAGGGUCGACGGUCCCAUUGGCAUUGGAGGCCUCGUCCACUGCUGGGUUUUCAUGUUCGACGACUCGGUCAGUAGGAGGGUACCCACAACCGUGCCCCUCUGGUACGUACCAACCCUCAGCAGGCAGCUCCCUUUGUAGCACUUGCACUGCUGGUACUAUAUGUGCUUUUGAAGGAUCGGCUUUCCCGUCGCUAUGUCCGGCCGGUCGAGUAUGUGCAUAUGCUGGUCGGUCGCAGCCUAGUUACAUGUGUCCAGCCGGAAGCUAUUGCCUACCAGGAGUGUUAACUCUGAACACACUCGCUGGUAUUGAUGCAUUAUAUCUUCCUGUUAUAUGUGGCAACGGUACGUACUGUAUGCCUGGUACGACGACAGGGGUGGUUGAUGACUUGGACCCAACAGCGCCACGGAAAUGUGUGGAAGGAUACUUUUGUAGAGCGAAUGAGACUACCUAUAGGGGCCAGGGGGAGUGCCCUGUGGGGCACUACUGUGUGCGGGCUAGUCUGGAGCCUGUGUUAGCACCUAAGGGCUACUUUGUGGACUACACUGGUGCAUAUACGCCUUCUAAGUGCAAGCCUGGCACGUACCAGGAUGAGAUAGGGCAGGUGAGCUGUAAGGCCUGUCCAGACGGUCAUGAGUGCACACUGGAUGGUGAGGAUAGGGAGGAGGUUAUUUACAUUGAGUAUUUGGCAUGCAAGGUUUUACAGUGUGAACCGAAUCGUUAUAUAGAGUACCUGGGAGCCAGUGGCAUGCAGACCGGGAACAUACAGAUCGAUUGGUGA